AUGUCUUUGUCAUCACUGCCGAGGUCCCAAGCGCCGGAUCCGACGCCGUUGUCGGCAUCGCUGCCAGAUGUCCCUACAGCUCCCGAGGCCAGCACUGCCAGGGAGCUCCUGAGCGCCAGAUUCAUUGUUGUUGUCAUCGCUGCCGAGGUUCCGAGCGCUAGAUUUGCCUCCGCUGAGUUUCUGAGCGCCGGAUCCGCCAGGCAAAACAACAUCGGUGGAAGGGAGAGGAGGAGGACGCGACAAAGAGCCACUAGCAGGUUCGCCAAAGAUUCCUCCAAGCAAGGGAAGAAAGAGUAUAUGUCGGAGAUCAAGGUGAUAAGCCGGUUGUGCUACCACAAUCUAGUGCAGCUCAUCGGGUGGUGCCAUGGCCGCGACGAGCUCCUACUCGUCUACGAACUCGUCCCCAACCGCAGCCUCGACAUCCAGCUCCAUGGCAAUGGCACCUUCCUGACAUGGCCAAUGAGGGUUAAGAUUGUUCUUGGGCUUGGAUCAGCACUGUUCAAUCUCCAUGAGGAGUGGGAACAUUGCGUUGUGCAUCGCGACAUCAAGCCGAGCAAUGUCAUACUGGAUGAGUCUUUCAAUGCCAAGCUAGGCGACUUCGGGCUUGCAAGGUUCAUCGACCAUGCCAUGGGGAUGCAGACGAUGACCGCCGUCUUUGGGACACCAGGCUAUGCUGAUCCUGAAUGCGUGAUCACCGGUAGAGCAACCUCAGAGUCUGAUGUUUAUAGCUUUGGCUUUGUCCUAUUGGAAGUGGCAUGCGGAAGGAGGCCAAUGAGCCUACAAGAUAACCAAAAGAAUGGCAUCUUCUGGUUGGUCGAGUGGGCAUGGGACCUGUAUGGACAAGGAGAUGUUGUCUCAGCGGCUGAUGAGCGGCUCAACGGUGGUUACGACGUGUCGGAGUUGGAGCAUGUCAUCAUUGUGGGGCUUUGGUGUGUGCAUCCAGACCCAAGCGCACGACCAUCUAUCAGAACCGCCAUGGCCAUGUUCCAGUCUAGUGGGCAACUACUGGUGUUACCUGCUAAGAUGCUUGUGCCAACAUAUUUUUAG